AUGGCGUCUCCAUGUUCAGUCUUCACCAAUAAGAAGAAGAAGAAGAAGAAGAAGAAGAAGAAGAAGAAGAAGAAGAAGAAGAAGAAGAAGAAGAAGAAGAAGAAGACGACCUCUGACCCGGAAGAGAAGCGUGUUGGGCAGACGUACUGGUGUUUACAGAGCAUCAGGAUGAGCAGCCGAGCAGCUGUAAAAGCCCAAAGAAAGGAGGAGGAGGAGCAGGAGGAAGACUUCUUUGACUGUCAGGAGACUCUGGGGCAUCCUGAACUCAGAGAGGAAGAGGGGGAGGACGAAGAGCAAAAGGAGGCGAGAGUCGGCGAGUCAGAAACCCAACAGAACGCUGAAGGUUCAGAAGACAUUCGGACAAACAGACUGAUGGACAGAAGAGAUGCAGAGAGUGAGACGGGAGGAGGACAACAGGAGGAGGAGAUAAAAGAGGAGGUCUGCAGAGAAACGGAGUUUGAUGACGACUACCUGAGGGAGGUGGAGAAAGACUUGACGGAGGAAGAGAAGGAGAGUCGACGGCAGCAAAGUUUAACCCUGAAGGAAGCAGGAAACACACAGUUUAAAGCUGGAGACUGGUCUGAGGCGGAGCACAGUUACACGGAGGCGUUGUCUUUGUGCCCCGUUUGUUUCAGCAGAGAGAGAGCAGUGUUGUUCUCCAACAGAGCUGCUGCAAGACUGCACCAGGAGCUGAAGGAUCAGGCCAUCUCUGACUGUAGCAGAGCGAUAGAUCUGGAUCCAAAUUACCUGCGGGCAUUACUGAGGAGGGCGGAGCUUUAUGAGCAAACUGAGAAAUUGGAUGAAGCUCUGGAGGACUACAAGAAGGUUCUGGAACGAGACCCAAACCACAGCAGUGCCAGGCAGGCCUGUAUAAGGCUGCCUCAGCAGAUUCAAGAGAGAAACGAGAAGUUAAAGGAGGAGAUGAUGAGUAAACUGAAGGACCUGGGCAACAUGGUACUGAGGCCGUUUGGACUCUCCACCAACAACUUCCAGGUGAACCAGGACCCGACCAGCGGCUCCUACUCCAUCAACUUUGUCCAGAACAAUAACAACAGAUGACAUCAUUGUGACAUCACAGCCCUAUUUUAAAGAACCAAACAAUGAUAGCAGGUGAUGUCAUUGUGACAUCAUUCAGCCUAUUUGUAAAUAACAAUAAAGCGUGGAUGAAGCAGCAGGUCCAA